UCCUUCAUACACACUCGUCAGUCAGCACUGGUGGUAUUCCUUCCUUUGCACGUUCCGUCAGUUUGUGGUUCUCUUUUGUAAAUGCGAAAUAAUGGCUGCGGAUCAGGCUCAGUUUCACCAGCUGCUAAAUACCCUGCUCUCGACCGACAACGAAGUCCGAACGCAGGCCGAGGAGACCUAUAACAGCCUGCCAUGCGAGAGCAAGGUGACACAUUUGCUGGGCGCGGUCCAGAGUCCGCAAAUGACCGAGGAAGCCCGGAUGAUGGCAGCCGUCCUGUUGAGGCGAUUGUUUUCCGCUGAAUUCCAGGAAUUCUAUACCCCCCUUCCGCCGGAGUCGAAGGAACAGCUGAAGCAGCAGGUACUGCUUACGCUGCAGCAAAACGAGAGUCCCAGUUUGCGCCGUAAGAUCUGCGAAGUGGUCGCCGAAGUCGCCCGUAAUCUAAUCGAUGAGGACGGUAACAACCAGUGGCCGGAAUUUCUGCAGUUCCUGUUCCAGUGUGCCAGCGCUCCCAACGUACAGCUGCAGGAGUCGGCACUGCGUAUCUUCUCAUCGGUACCGGGGAUCUUUGGAAAUCAACAGACUCAGCACCUGCAGUUGAUCAAGCAGAUGCUGAUCAAGUACUUGGACCCAUCAUCAGACCCGGAGGUUCGCUUCCAAGCCGUUCGCGCCGUUGGAGCGUUUAUCCUGCUGCACGACAAAGAAGAUGAUGUACAACGGCAGUUCAACGACCUGUUGCCACGCGUAAUCAUGAUAACAGCUGAGAGUAUCGAUCAGCAGGACGACCAAACACUGAUCAAGCUGUUGAUCGAUUUGGCUGAGAGUGUACCGAAAUUCCUGCGUCCGCAGUUGGAGUCCAUUUUUGACAUGUGCAUGAAAGUGUUCAGCAGUCCGGACGUCGAGGACAGUUGGCGCCAUUUGGCUCUCGAAGUCAUGGUUUCCCUGUCGGAGAAUGCUCCGGCUAUGGUUCGCAAGCGUGCUGAAAAGUACGUCGCCUCGCUGAUUCCUCUUGUCCUGCAAAUGAUGACCGAUCUCGAGGACGACGAGGAAUGGUCCGUGUCGGAUGAGAUCUGCGAAGACGAUACAAGCGAUAACAACGUCAUUGCCGAGUCGGCAUUGGAUCGUCUUGCUUGCGGUCUUGGAGGAAAGGCUGUCCUCCCGCACAUCGUGAACAACAUUCCAGACAUGUUGAACAGCCUGGCCUGGAAGCAACGGCAUGCCGCUUUGAUGGCGAUUUCCGCCGCCGGCGAAGGAUGCCAUAAGCAAAUGGAAGCCAUGCUUGAAAACAUCAUGCAAGGUGUGCUGAAGUUCCUGAUGGAUCCCCAUCCGAGGGUGCGCUAUGCUGCCUGUAAUGCUAUCGGACAGAUGGCAACGGAUUUUGCGCCGAUCUUCGAGAAGAAGUUCCACGAACAGGUCAUUCCUGGGCUGCUGAGCUUGUUGGAUGAUGUCCAGAAUCCACGCGUGCAGGCUCAUGCCGGAGCUGCUUUGGUUAACUUCAGCGAGGACUGUCCGAAGAAUAUUCUCACUCGAUACUUGGAUGGCAUCAUGUCUAAGCUGGAACACAUCCUGACCACCAAGUUCAACGAGUUGGUCGAAAAGGGUACCAAGCUAGUGCUGGAGCAGGUAGUGACUACUAUUGCCUCGGUUGCCGACACAACCGAGAAGGACUUUGUCGGUUAUUACGAUCGAUUGAUGCCUUGCCUGAAGUACAUCAUCCAGAAUGGUAACACCGAGGAGCUCCGUUUGCUUCGUGGCAAGACCAUCGAAUGUGUUUCGUUGAUUGGAUUGGCCGUCGGAGCAGAGAAGUUCUUGUCCGACGCGUCGGAUGUGAUGGACAUGCUGCUGAAAACUCACACCGAAGGCGACCUGCCGGACGAUGAUCCUCAGACGUCAUAUCUUAUUUCGGCCUGGGCGCGUAUCUGCAAGAUCCUUGGCAAACAGUUCGAACAAUACUUGCCUUUGGUGAUGGGGCCGGUCAUGAGAACUGCAUCGAUGAAGCCGGAAGUUGCUGUGCUGGAUAAUGAUGAAGUUCAGGAUGUGGAAAGCGACAACGAUUGGCAGUUUGUCAAUUUGGGUGAACAGCAAAACUUUGGAAUUCGUACGGCUGGCUUGGAGGAUAAGGCGUCGGCAUGUGAAAUGUUAGUCUGCUAUGCACGUGAGCUGAAGGAUGGUUUUGCCAACUACGCCGAAGAAGUCGUUCGCCUGAUGGUACCGAUGUUGAAGUUCUACUUCCACGAUGGUGUCCGCACGGCUGCUGCCGAGUCGCUGCCCUACCUGUUGGAUUGCGCUAAGAUCAAGGGACCUACCUAUCUGGAAGGAAUGUGGCUCUACAUCUGCCCGGAAUUGUUGAAAGCAAUCGAUUCCGAGCCAGAACCAGACGUGCAAGCUGAACUACUGCACUCGUUGGCCAAAUGUAUCGAAACGCUAGGUGCUGCCUGUCUUUCCAAGGAAACCAUGGAUGAAGUGCUCAAGAUCAUCGACAAAUUUAUGAACCUACAUUUCCAAAAAGAGGAGAAACGUGCUCUUGCCCGCAAGGAGGAAGAUUACGACGAGGGAGUCGAGGAACAGUUGGCCGAGGAGGAUGAUGCCGACAUUUAUCUGCUGUCACGAAUUUCCGACAUUGUUCACUCGCUGUUCCUGAGCUACAAGGAUGGGUUCUUGCCGUAUUUCCAGCAAGUCGUGUCACACUUUGUCAAGCUGCUAGAUCCAUCAAGAACAUGGGCUGACCGACAGUGGGGAUUGUGCAUAUUCGACGAUCUAAUCGAAUACAGCGGUCCAAUGUGCGCCCAGUACCAGGCUUACUUCAUGCAACCGAUGCUGGAAUACAUCAAGGAUCCACAACCCGAAGUACGACAAGCGGCAGUCUAUGGAUGUGGCGUUUUGGCACACUAUGGUGGCGAUCAGUUCUCGAUAACCUGUGCGCAGGCCAUUCAGCUGUUGAUGGAGAUCAUCAUGACGCCCGGUAGUCGCGAACCGGAAAACGUGAACCCAACGGAGAAUGCUAUCUCCGCCGUGACCAAGAUACUAAAAUACAACAAUAAGGCCAUCACCAAUCCGGACGAGAUCAUUGCACUUUGGUUCUCCUGGCUGCCAGUGGUGGAAGACGACGACGAAGCCAUCCACGUCUAUGGCUACCUGUGUGAUCUGAUCCAAGCGAAUCACCCGGCAGUGCUGGGCGAGAACAAUUCGAAUCUGCCACGCAUCGUGUCCAUUUUCGCCGAAGCAUUCUACCGUGAAGCAAUGUCCGUUGGCCAUCCCGAAUCGACGCGGAUGCUGGCCAUCGUGAAACAGAUCGAAGCCAGUCCGGACAUUUUCCAAGCAUGCAUAAACCAGCUGACGGCGGAACAGAAGGCGGCUCUCGAGGAAGCAUACCGAACUGCGGCCGUUGCACAGUAAGGAAGCGGACGACAGUGACGUAUGUUUAGUGAAAAGUAAAAAACGAGAGCGAGAAUGAGACACGGAGCGAAAGAGAGUGAGAUCUAAUAGGACCAUACGAGGUUGAUGAUUUUGGACAGCAAGGGACGUGAAACUGUGUUUCUUUUUGAUUUCUGUCGCCGACUUUCACUGAAAAGAGAGAAAAAAACAUUCACAAAAAAUAACCGCAAGAAUCUGGCAAAAGGCCACUGCAAAUCAACAACACAUGAUACGAAAUUACACAACACAUCCUAGUAACACCCUUCUAUGUAUCACUAGAAGCUUGAGUUAAGAGAAUAUUAUAUUUUAAAAUAUAUAGCUGUUUCUCUGCAGUCGAUACUAGUGUAUUAACAAGAUUUAUAUUUUGCAAUUAUUUAAUCACACUUGUAAUCCUUUUUCUGUUACACUCGAUCAUAUAUUUACCCUUUUUAGGACGAUUCUAUCGCUGCUUUAACCAUUCGAGUGGAAAAUAUUUAGUUGGGUUUUCUUGUGAGGUUCCAUUUCUGCCUUUUUACAAACCCUUGUAGGUUUUAUUUUUUUUAUUUCUUCAUAUUAGACACCUUCCUUUUUUGUGAUCUUCAAAACAUACAUAAAACAGGUAAAUAAUUACGCCAUUCCUGUGACGAAAAUGCAAUUGAUUAUAUUUGAAUGAAACUGCAUUGGAAAAGUACGAUUUUCCCUAGUUCAGUUUUUCUCAGUUGUGCGAAUGGAUAUUGUAUAUAAUGAAAGUAUUUUCCACAUGAAGCCGCAAAACAGGUCAACAAAAAGUGUUUUACUUUAGCUAAGAUAUUGCAAUCGGCGCUCAUUUUCUGUUGGUAGCUGUUAUUUCCCAAGGAAAAAAUGUUACUAAAUCACCUCUGCGCGUAUUUUUUUUAUGUAAACGUCUUCGUCAGCGUUCAACAUGUUCAGUUUAUAAUUUACAUUAUUGUUUACUACUUAUUAUAAAACUGUUUGAGCAGAGCAAAGAAGAUAGAAAACUGAUUUGCAAUCAACUGGAAGAAAAAUAUGCCAAAACCGAAUUGAGCUUUGAGUUUACCUACACACAUUCGCCCACAUGCUCUGACCUUGUUCAUCCUCCUGCUGGCCUUGGUGUGAAUCAGUGAACGACUUCAGCAUAAGUAACUUUCAAAUUUAAGCACAUUUUCCAUUUUCGAAAUGGUAAAAACCUAAUAUGAGAAUAAAAUGAUAUUCUAUUACUGAAAAGAA